AUGGGCCUUGACAAGUCAACCGUUUCGAGAUCCCUGCACAGCACAGACAGUGCUUUUUGCACGGUGCUAAAUAAUAUUCAUUUUCCAUGGGGACCACAAGAACAGAUAGCAGUUAAAGAGGGCUUCUACAAACUAUCCGGGUUCCCCAAAGUUCUUGGAGCGGUUGACGGGACUUUUAUCCCAAUAAGAAGACCCCCUAUCGUCGAGGAAGCAGCGUUUGUUUGCCGGAAGGGCUACCACGCCGUGAAUGUUCAGGCUAUUUGUGACAGCUCUCUUCGCUUCACAAAUGUAGUAGUCAAGUGGCUGGGGUCGACCCACGACUCGCUCAUUUGGAGCAACUGCAGCAUUGCCACUAAGAUGGUACAGCAGGCACGGGAUGGGUGGCUCCUUGGUGAUUCUGGAUAUGCAUGUCGACCAUGGCUUCUAACACCCUUUACUGAGCCGCAGACACGCCCCCAAGAGAGGUACAACUCCACCCACACAAGAACAAGAAACACCAUUGAGCGUCCGUUUGGUGUUUUAAAGGCAAGGUUUAGGUGUUUGCACAAGUCCUCUGGAUGUCUGUGGUUCAGCCCAGACAGGUGCUCAGUGGUUAUUAUGGCAUGCUUUAAGCUCCAUAAUUACUGCAUCACCAAGGGAGUGCAGGUACCACCAGGAGAUGUACUGGAAGAGGCAGAGGCGGAGACCAACACCCCACCCGCUCCCAGGCAGUGUGUAGAUGGCAACACCGCUAGGCAGAACCUUGUCAACGAAAGAUUUUCAUGA